AUGCGGGGUCUGUCAUCUUGUGCUGCAGUUGCAGCUGUUGUUUCAACGGCAUCCAGUGCUACCGUUCCUCUUCACCUGGUUCGCUCAUCUGAAUCGCCGCGUAUCGCUGCUCCAUCGGCAGACGGAUCGUAUCCGUUCUUUGACUGGGCUCUGGCAUCUUCGUUGGCAGGACUGACUGGUGCACCGUCAACUUCAACGACGUCCGUGGACUGGGUUCCGAAUUCUCCAUCGUUGUCGGUAACGAGGUCAGCAGAAGAGACCUGUGUUUCAUCAGCAACAUCCAGCAUCGUACGGACGAAGCCCACGGGUCACACAACGUUGGCGAGUGCAUCUCCAACAACUGGCAUGUCAUCAAUAACAUCCAAAACCGUACGGACGAAGCCCGCGGAUCACACAACGCUGGCGAGUGCAUCUUCAACAACUAGCGUGCCAUCAGCAAAGCCCAGUUCUUCAAAGGGAGCGCCCUCGCCGACAGGGAACGGCAUCGCCGCGCCAGCCACGUCCACAAUUCAUCCGGUCUUCGCUCCUGCAACAAAGACAUGCGCCGGCCCUGCGGCCAAGUCCCCGGAAGUCUUCUGGCUUGAUGAUCAAGAUCACAAUAAUCAGGGAGCAGGUAUUGCCCCAUUUGUUAACUCAACGGAGCGGUAUCCAGUAUUCCGUAACGUUAUGGACUAUUCAGUUGUCAACGAUGGCUCUGGAGAUCAAACUGCCAAGCUGCAAAAGGCCAUCGACGACGAUGGCGCUGGCGGCAGCCGAAAGGGUCAUGGCGUUACUCGCUAUCCCGCUGAGGUUUAUCUUCCCGGGGGUGAGUAUAAACUUGGCAGCACUCUUAGUCUGACGGUUGGAACCAUCAUCGUCGGAAACCCGUUGAACCCUCCUGUCCUCAAGGCCGCUCCAGGUUUCAAAGGUGACCAUCUCAUUAUGGGGUACGACGAGAAAAACGGCGCACCCGAGACCAGCUUUGCAAUGCUUCUCAAGAACGUCAUCUUGGACACCACUGCCCUCGACGCGACCCGUGGAUUUACUGCUCUCCAGUGGGGAGUUGCGCAGGGUUCUGGAUUGACAAACGUCAAGAUCCGCAUGCCACUGCAAUCAACUGGCCACACCGGCAUUGAUUUGAAAGCCGGUUCCACGAUUGCUGUAACUGACGUGGACAUUAUUGGUGGAGCUGUUGGGAUCAGAAACUCGAACCAGCAGGUGAACUUCAAAAAUAUCUAUUUCCAAGCAUGUAAAACUGGAUUCCAUGCUAUAGGUGGCUGGACAGUACUUCUUCAAGGUGCCACGUUCGACAGUUGUGGCACUGGUAUUGACAUGACUGGCAACGGCUUGGGCAGUUUGGUGCUUCUCGACUCCAUAUCCACGAACAACGGCCCUGUAAUCCGAUUCUACGACUCGUCCCAAGACCAUGGUAAGCAGAACAGCCAGUUCCUGAUCCAGAAUCUCAAGCACAAUAGCCAAAAUGCUAUUGCAGUCGAUACAGCAGGACACGUGGCAUUGGCUGCUACCUCUCAUAUCGAAACAUGGGUCUGGGGUACAGUCGUUCCCACGAAAUAUGAGGCUGGUGUCGAGUGGCGCACUGAGCGCUCUCCUCAGCUUCUUGUCGGCGAUAAGUUCUUCACCAAGGCACAACCUACCUAUCAAGACUAUCACUCUGCCGAAAUUGUCAACGUGAAGACCGUCCCAGGAUACACAGUCAAGGGAGACGGUAAAACCGACGAUACCAAAGCACUCAACGCUAUUUUGGCUGAGAAUGCCGAAUCUUGCAAAGUGACCUACAUCCCCUUCGGUAUUUACCGCGUAUCUGAUACGAUCUUCGUUCCUGUCGGAACUCGCAUUGUGGGAGAAGCAUGGCCUGUAAUCUCUGGAUACGGUGACAACUUCAAAGAUGUCAGCAACCCAAGAGCAGUUGUUAAGCUUGGCAACCCAGGUGAUGUUGGUCUGAUUGAGAUCCAGGAUAUGCGAUUCUCCGUGGGAGAGAUCCUACCUGGUGCCAAGCUUAUUGAGAUCAAUGCCGCAGGCAACGAGCCAGGUGAAGUUGGUCUAUGGAACACCAUGGCUACCGUUGGUGGUACAGCCGAAACCAGUAUCUCUGGUGCCUGCACGUCGCAAGACCCCAAAAACUGCAUGGCUGCCUUCAUGGUGAUGCACCUGACCGAGUCGUCAUCUGCAUACAUCGAGAACUUCUGGGGCUGGACGGCCGAUCACAACCUAGACAGCGAGUCCAUCCUGACCAUCAUCUCCACUGGCCGUGGUAUCUUGGUCGAAGCAACCAAAGGCACAUGGCUCACCGGCACUGGUUCUGAGCACCACUGGUUGUAUAACUAUAACUUCCACAACGCGAAGAACGUCUUCGCCGGGCUUCUGCAAACAGAGACUCCAUAUAUGCAGGGCCAGGGCGAGUACGAGGCUGCACCAGCACCCUGGGCACCGGAACCGAAAUACGGUGACCCUGAUUUCUCGUGGUGCGCCACAGAGGACCAGAAGUGCCGUACUGCAUUGGCAACAAACGUGGACGGAGGAUCUGAUGUCGCGCUAUACAAUUCGGCAGCCUGGGCCUUCUUCGAUGGCUACUGGAACGGUCUGUAUAACGAGCCCUGCAGUGGUAAUUGCCAAUCCAACAUGAUGCGAGUGACGAACAACCCAACAAACCUGGUCUGGUACUCAAUCAGCACGCGUAUGACGGAUGUGAUGGUUCUUGAUAAUAAGACCAACCCGCGUGAAUCCAAUCAUAAGGGUGGAUGGGAAGCUAUAAUUCAGGUUUACGGCCAGUUCACGACUUGA